UCAAAUUUUCUUCAAGUCAGCACAGCUGUUCCUGUUACAAAGUCGAGGAAUCCAGAGAAGUACGAUGUCACCGAGAUCUUCGAAGGCAAUAAUUGGGAACUCGUUACAGACUUGAUGGCAAAGGCGAAGCAAGUCAAAUAUCUCAUACGGUCUCUGCCACAGCCGGAGGAAAGGGAAAAUCAG